AUGGACUUAUUGGCAAAAGCGGCGGAAACGAGCACUGCUGGAGAAGACUCGGAGAGCUCCCCGAGAAAGUCGACUGGUGACCGUCCAAAACGCUCGGAGCCAACGCCGUUUAUCCUGAAGCUGUACGAGCUGGUCUCGGACCCGAGCACAGACGACCUCUGCACCUGGACGGAAAACGGUGACUCGUUUGUUGUCUUGGAACCGGGUCGGUUUACGAGUGAGAUUCUCCCACGUUAUUUCAAACAUCACAACUUUUCGAGCUUCGUUAGACAGUUGAAUCAGUACGCGUUCAACAAGUGCUCGUGCGUUCGCCUCGAGUACCGGAAUCCGAACUUUCUUCGCGGUCGCUUUGACCUUUUGGCUCAAAUAGAACGCAGGCCGAAUAGAAAGCCGACACCUCCGAGCCUCCCUACUGUGAGCCCUGACACUGGUCCACCGACAACGGCUGGGUCCGGUGCCAUCAAGGCCCAGCUACCGUCACCGUCUGCGGCACCGUCGAACCAGGAGGCCGCGUCGUCGUGGCCAGGACCGGGGUUUGCAGCGUGGCGACCACCGCAGGCGAACUGGCAACCCAGCCAGGGCAAGUCUCCGGAUAUUUUCAACCCGCAAGCAGGUGCUUGCUGGCCCGCGGCUGUGUACGGCCCAGGUGGGUAUGUCGGCUCAUCGCUCGGACCCGUGCCUGCGCGGCCGGACGUGUUUCCAGGGCGUGACUCAAACUAUGAGGCCUUCCGCCUGCGACGUCAUUUCUCACCGGAGCUCGCCUCGCGAAUCUCUCAGUGGUCGCGUUCCGAGGAUGCCCCAGCGAGCGGCCGAAUGGAAUCCCAUCGUGAGACCGCGGAAAGCCCCGCCUGGGGAGCGUGCGGAGCUCGCGAUACACGACAAGCAGAGCAGGCCACAGCAUCCACUGCCUCACAGUCGACGCAGAGCCUGCGCGUGGCGAGGUAUCCGGCGAGCACGCUGGUCAGUGUCCUACGCGAACGACUGCUGGCCGUGGGAUCCGAGUACGUACACGUGGACACCGCUCUGAACCUGGUCGCGGAGCUUGAAGCGCAACAGGAACGCGAACUUUUGUCGAUAUGUACAGAAACCAUCCAUGCUGUCGACAGGUUUCGCAGCUGCCUCUGGACGCUGUGUGCGCGUCGCGCCAGCAGAGCGUACGAAAGUGCGGUCGGCGAGCCAUUCACGUUCGCCGGUCGCUCGACAUCGACCAGCAACCCGACAUCCGGACAGACGGACUCGCCUAUGGAGCAAGCGCAGAGCUCGGCGACAACGGAUGCCCCAGCAGGGUCCUCAAGUGUGCUCGGAUCGAUGGACAUGGGACCGCAGCCUGAUGUACCGCUACCAGGCAAGUGA